AUGGCUCCGGAGCCUGAAUCGGAGCCCGGAGCUUUUUGGAAUCGUGGGGAUCUGGAAUAUCCCCCCGUACGGGUGGGUAAGUUACCUGGACAGACGGGNCGGGUAGGUCAAAAGGUCACCAAUAAGCACAAUAUGUCCGAGGUCAAAGGUCAAAGGUCACCAAAGGUCACCAAGCAAGCAACUACUAUCCAUGCACCAAAAUACGAGGGAUCACCAAAGCCCUUAAACAGCUGA